GUAAACCAGAAUACUGAAGAGAUUAAAUAAUAUAAACUGAGUGUAAACAAUUUACUUUAAAACCCAAAGCGUACGAUAAUAACAAAUAUUAACGUGAUCGGAACUAGUCGCUGCACCGGUAUUUUAACAUUGUGAAUUAUGCUUAAAAAUAAUGAAUAAUGAUUCGUCGAAAUGCGAUAAUUUUACCGAAUAAAUGAAAUUAAUUUAAUAAUUCAAAUAACGCAAAAAAAAAAAAAAACAUUACAUGUUUAUAUGGCUGUGACAAUAAUUUCGAAUCUCGAGUGUGGCCGCGUGGUGCGAUAAUUAUAAAGUUCCUAAAUUAGCUUCUGUGUUUACCUUCCGAUAGAAGCCUACAUGGUGUUGAUUAAUGCCACCGUGCACGAGGUUUGUUCACACUUGUCUGCGCCACCCGUGAUAAUUGUCAGAUCAAUUUCAAAUGUUAUAAGAUCGUGCGAUCGGGGACGCCGAUAGAAUACUGAUAGCCGGUUCAAAACUCCAAAAGUCUCGAGCGGCGAUAACCGCAUGAGUAGAUGGUAUAUCUAUUUGUUAACAAUAUUUAUUAACCGAGCUACCGAAUCGAUCACCGAGAAUACACCUCCUGCAUAAGAUAUGGAAGUUUAACUACUUGGAUAUAAUAAUCACUUUUUCACGAGUGCAAAUACCUGCGAUGAUCGGCAAACUAUUAUUGGCCGGUUGGAUACUUCAAUGUCUUCGAGGUCUUCACGGAGAUCUAGCGACGCGUGCGAAGUGGCCCACGGCCCUGGAAGAGGCAUACGACGAACGAAACGACCGCGAGAUAUUCCAGGCAGUGGUACAAUCGAUGCGGGAAUGGGAGGCACACAAGAAGCACAACCGUCGAUUGAAGCGGGACGUCUCCAGGGUUUGCUACGAGGAUGUGGGCUGCUUCGAAGACACAGGACCAUUCGGUUAUCUGGAAAUGUUGCCAUCGCCUCCCAAGGACGUCGGAACCAGAUUUUUGGUAUACGGUAGCAGAAAGGCGAGAUCCAUCCCGAUGGAUGUUCCCGCUGAAGAGAUAGCCGACAAGGCGUUCCAGGCCAUCGACUCCGAACUCCCAACCAAAGUCAUUGUCCAUGGUUUCGGCUCCAGCUGUGACCACGUAUGGGUAUACGAAAUGAGGUCUGCUCUCAUGUCCGUUCACGAAUGUAACAUAGUAUGUGUAGACUGGGGUCCAGGUAGUGCUGUGCCAAACUACGUAAGAGCCGCCGCAAACACGCGGCUCGUUGGUCGUCAGCUCGCGAAGUUGGUGCGCCAGCUCAACGUUCCAUUGGAACGUGUCCACCUCAUCGGUUUCAGCCUGGGAGCUCACGUAGCCGGCUUCGCUGGAGCAGAACUAGGCAAUGUUUCUCGGAUCACGGGCCUCGAUCCGGCCGGGCCCCUCUUCGAGGCCCAGGAUCCAAGGGCCAGACUCGAUGCCACUGAUGCCAGCUUCGUAGACGUAAUUCACAGCAACGGUGAGCAACUUAUACUCGGUGGAUUGGGAUCAUGGCAGCCGAUGGGUGACGUGGACUUCUACCCUAAUGGCGGCCGGAUGCAGACAGGAUGCUCUAACCUCUUUCUGGGCGCCGUUUCCGAUAUCAUUUGGUCCAGCGCAGUGGAGGGAAGAUCGUUGUGCAACCACAGACGAGCAUACAAGCUCUUCACAGACUCUGUGAGCCCCCGAUGUCGGUUUCCGGCAUUUCCCUGCGACCAUGGCUACGACGGUCUUAUCCGCGGCGAUUGCUUCCCUUGCGGAGUAAACGGCGCUGAAAAGCCGUGCGGGGACAUGGGAUAUUACAGCGACGAGUCAACUGCCCGUGGCCAGCUGUACUUGGUCACUAGAGACGAGGAACCCUUCUGCGCACAUCAGUAUCAGAUCAAGCUGUACAACAGCCGAGGGGAAAGACCAGCGAGAAGUUAUGGAAAGCUUCAAAUUUCUCUCAUCGGUCAGGGCGCCCUUAACGAAACGUUCACCAUGACUCGUAAGGACGAUGAAGAGCUUCUGAUCGGGGCAAUUCUUCAGAAGAUCGUCGUUCCUCACCCAGCCGUUUCCGAUUUGGAAGCCAUAGAGGUAAAAUACACGGCGUACAGUGGUUGGAUAUCUUCCGGUCUGGUCUCCUGGAGCAUAGACAAGGUGUCGAUAAUCGACAGUUUCGGGAACAGUCUUUCGGUCUGCAGGCGAGGUUUGAUAUUAGAAUCGAACCAUCCGGUAUACUUGCCGUUGUACCCAGGGGAAUGCAACAUCCCGGCGGAGCCGGAAACUACGGCGAUACCGCAGACGACUCCUUACGGAGAUCAGCAGUUUGCCCAUGAGAAAAAGGGAGGGAUCGGGCCCUUCACGAAGGAUCAAAACUUUGAGAAAGACGGAUUUCUGGCCGAGGUUAUCAGCGCAGAGAUGCAAACCCGACCGCAGAAGGGGCUGGGUCCCUUCACCAAGGAUCAAAACCCGAAGCCCUUCGACAAGGAGGCUUUCACGCGUCAGGAUAUCUUCAGCAACGCUAAGAAAGUCUUCGGCAAUGAUAUAGCUUCGUCAGAGAGCUCAUCUCAGACGGCGAACCCGUGGACUGUGGCCGACCUCGCUGACGGGGACUCGAAUUCCCUAGAAAAUGUUGAGGUGGAAAGCGGUCGAGGUUUCUCGGAGAGCACGUCUCUGCAAGUCGCCUUGACGGCCACGAACAGCCCGAGAUCGUUGGAGCAACCGACAACGAAUUUAUACAGUGAAAUACGCGAACCGGUGCUGAAGCUCUUCGGCAAAGAGAGCGGAAGGUCGUUGAAACUGCCGGAAAUAACGGAACCGAUACUGCGCCCGCGACCGGCGAGACAGAACGAGAAAAGCAACGGAAUCCGGCGCAGCGGGAGGGGAAAGCUGCCCUCGGAUCCGGUCAAGGACACAGCUUCGAGAAGUUUCACGGUUCAAUUUCUCCCGGAAAGAUUGGCGGGGAUCUUGGCUCACGCCGAGAGGUACGCAAGGCAGACACUGCUGCCUCUGAUAUCCCAGUACACUCCCAGCUUUGUAGGUGGACCGAGGUACAAUCAGCCGACUUACUUCCCGCCGUUGGGUGACAUCGUUAACGAAAGUUUAGAGGACUCGAACUCCAGGGAAAUCGUAAAUUCCGAACGGAAUUCCACGUCGGUUGAGAAUGACUCGUACGAAGAAGAAGACUCAUCAAGGGUGGAAAAUUCCAGGAUUGGAAAGACGCUGGAAGCCGAGGAGGUGGUUUUCGGUAGCAGCCGGGACAGUCAGAGUUACUCGGAUGAGUUGACUUCGGGCCCCGCAAAGACCGAAAUGGACCAAAGUGUUGAGAGCCUGAAAGUCGUAGCCAAUCUCACAGAGGAUAGACCGGAAAACGCGACGUCUGGUAGCCAAGAGACGGGGGGCAGUUGGCUGACCGAAGAUGGUACCGCCUGGUCCAAGGAAGAUGCCGGGGCUGGACCAGAGACGAAGAUCGACGACUGGGUACCAAUAGUGCCAGCGGACAAGGAAGUGCUGGAGAAACCAGCAGUCGGCGUGACGCCGCCCGUGAUAGACGGUAAAGACGACCGGAAGUUCAUUCCUCUUAUUGACUUCGCUAACCCUGACGAGUACUUUGUCUCCUCGACAUCAAAGAGCGUCGGCGACGUUGCGAAGAACUCAACAGCGGAAGACGAGCGUCUCAACGACUCUACGACGACCCAAACUUCGUCACACAUCCAGAAGAUACCCGGCAGGAGCAACGACCUCAAAGAGGGAAAGACAACACCAAAGUCUGUUAUAAACACAGUAUUUCCGUACAUUUAUGAGAGGAAAAAUGAUCCCAGGACAAGGUACAUACCGCUUCUUCCUGAGGAAGAUAUGCGGCCUUCCGGUCUCGGAUAAUUUUUAACACUUGAUAAUCAGGAUGUCUGUGGACACUGGUUGAAAAAUUCCAGACAUCCUGCACUGCUUCCAGGCUAAUAAGUAAAGAUUAUUCAAAGUCAUUCCAAGUCUAUGUUCUCUUAUUCUGAAGUUUUGAUUUCGUUACAGGAGUUAAGGCUAUAGGUAUAUAUGUAUAUUUGGUUAUAAAUAUAUAAUCAAAUGUUCAUUUUGGUUGAAUUUUUCGACGAUCAUACGUUAAAGAAAAUUAGAUGUCACGAGUAAACCUUUCAUUUCGGCGCAUGAUCAAUAAGUGAUUACGGAGUAAAGAAUAAAGCAAAAUUGACUUAUAUUCUUAAUUUUAUAUUGCAUAUUGCGAUUUUAUAAUGCAGGCAGUAUGUUUACUGCCACCAGACUGCGUUUUCCGAUAUGGUCAAUCACCAUGGUAUGGUAAUGUGUAAAGCGAUUUUAUUAGAUCCUUGGUAGGAAUAAACUGGUUUCUAGAAGGUGUACAUAUAUUAUAUUCCAUAGAAAAUGUAUACGAACAAACUUGGCAGUCCAAAAUACAUAAAAUCACCAAUUGGCUUUUUCAAGGGUCUUGUAGACAAUCCAUAUUAAACGUUCAAUAGCGAUUAUGCAGUCAGUAGAAACGCUCGUUACGAACUUGCAUUUUUUUGUUACCGAUUAUCAUUACAUUACAAGUCGUUUUAAUUGUUAAAUUUCAUCAUCACGGCAUUUUCUUACUUUUUUCCAAAUGUUAAUCCGCUUUAUGUAAAUAUAUAUACACACAUAUCUGUAUGUGCGCGUGAAGAAUUCGGCUGUGAUAAGCAGCCAGUAGAAAAUAGCGGAAUAAAGUUACUGUAUAAAAGGCUCUUAUAAAAAAUUGUAGGUAAAAAUUACGAGAGCUCUUAUUUUUAUUUUUGUAUGUAUAUAUGAAUCUUUAUAGUAUAUAUUAUAUAAUAGUUUUACGGAAAAUCAUCACUUUAAGUUUACGAAAUCAAUUUUGUUGUUGCUGUUAUUAUUAUGAAUAUUUUUUGAGUUGUAAUUUUUAUUUUCGCUUGUUUAUUUAUAUUUAUCAUUCAAUAUAUUAUAUUCCUAAAACGCGUUACGUUAAAUUUUGAUUUAAUGUCCUAUAUAAUAGCAUAAUUCACAUACAUAAUUUAAUACGCUAUCAUUAUUACCAUAAUUGUUAUUAAAGGGCGAGCCAUGUUAAACGUUGCCGUUAGUGUAUUUAAUAUAUUUAUCUACACACAUGAAUUAAACAUACUUCGAUCUA